CUCUCGGCAGAGUCGCAGAGUGCUCGCAUCUCACGCUAGGCAUGGCCGUGAGAUGAGCUCUCUGCAUGCCGCAUGGAGGCGCAUCGGGCGGAAGUCAGCACGCUUACGUGCGGAUAUAGUCGGAGAGAGAGGCAUGCUGCGACGCUGCGCUGCGAUGCUGCAGAGGUGACUCGGCAGAGAGUCAUGCUGAUGGCGAGCAGGCGCAGCUCUCCUGCAGCCGGCCAGAUUCUGCCGGCCCUUGCUCUCGUCCUCCCUCUCUCUCGAGUUGCUGCUGCUGUUCGGCCGUUGCGGCGCUCGGAGGUGCUCGGCCCUUGCGUCGCUGCCGCGGCGGUGCCUCGCCCUCCUCCGUCUCGGUGCCGAGCCGUGCCCUGUGCUGUGCUGCGGAGCCUGCGCAUCGGGCCGCAUGGCGGCAACGCAGCGCGCCCAGCAUCAGCGCCGGCCGCACCAUAUAACCCUGCGCCUCUCCGUCCCCUGCUCGCCGCCUCGUGACCCUUCCGUGCGCCAGCGCUGCCGCUCUCUACCGCUGUCCUCGCCUGCCUCAGCCCAC